AGGCUCGUUGCAAACGAUUCAUCACUACUGUACGCAUGCGUUGUCGUCGUUGGUGUAUAAGCUGUGUUGACGUGUAUUAUAAAGUUGCUGGUGUUCUUAAACAAAGAUGCCACGUAAAAAGGGGUUCCGGAGAUCUGAGGCGGCUAAGAGGCGCAUGGCUGUUGUCAGCCAUGUUGAGCCUCUUGUAAAAAGACCCGCAUAUGAGGUUGGGCCUCCUCUCAAAAGUGCUCCAAUACCGACAAUUUAUUGUCCCAAAACUGUCAAUGAAAAAGUCCAUGUGACUGCCAAAACUGCCAAUGAGAAAGUCCACGUGACUGCCAAAACUGUCAAUGAAAAAGUCCAUGUGACUGCCAAAACUGCCAAUGAGAAAGUCCACGUGACUGCCAAAACUGUCAAUGAGAAAGUCCACGCGACUGCCAAUAAAACUGUCAUUGAAACUGUCAUUGAAACUGUCAUUGAGAAAGUCCAUGGGACUGCCAAUAAAACUGUCAUUGAGAAAGUCCAUGGGACUGCCUAUAAGACUGUCAAUGAGAAAGUGCAUGUGAAUGACAAGGUAUCUGCCAAUGAAGCUGAUAAAGUACUGGAUGGAUCAGUUAUAAGAGGAUCGUUCAGUCAAGACGAUAUGCGAUUUGGUAGUACAAGAAAUAAGCAGUGUGCGGCUAUCAGUUUAACAUCUGUACUUCAGCACUGUGUAAAAAAUGUUUUGACAUGGCAAACUGCAGAUUUGGAUAAUGUACUGAAUAAGGGAAAUGACCUUUAUGUUGUUUUAAAAAAUACAAGGCAAAUAGGAAAAGGCCAGUGUGAAUACAUAUUGAUUCCAGAACUUCCCAGAACAUGUACGUACUGUGACAAAUAUUUUGAAAUAAAGUUUGGUUCAUCUUUCGGUGGCUUUACUGAUGUUUUUGAGUAUGAUGCAGAAGUGGGAGAUUUUGCAAUGCCAUUUCAUGUAGCAGUGGAGCGAUCGCUGCGUGAUUUUGAUGCUUGUUUGGUAACUAUUGCUGCCAAUACAUGUGCAAUUAUAAAACAAGGUAAUUUGUAUGCCAUUGUAGAUUCACAUGCAACCAGUUUCAUUAAUGGCCAACAAUACAGAUCUGCAACAAGCUUUGUAGCUUAUUACAGCAACAUUGAUCAUGUUAUCAGUGUUCGUGAAUAUUCUAAGGAUAAAUAUCAUAAUGAUGCAAACUUUCGCAUGAGUAAAAUACAGAAAGGAUGUGAAAUCUAUGCAAAACAAAGAGAAAGACAAACAAACAUUGAUGCUACUAUUAGUCGGUUUCAUCAAGAAGUCAACAGUGGUCCAGAAUGUGUUUGUUGUGUAUGUCAUCGGCUAUUGUUUAGAAAACAAGUUAUUGGGUGUAAAUUUGAUUGCUAUGAACAAAAAGGACAGCACAUAGCUGAUUUAAGUAAAAGAUGCAUCACACUGAAGUAUUUACAUGUAUGUGACACUGAAUGUGAGGAUAAUUGUAAUUUAUCUGGGCAUUUAGCCUGUAAUUUGUGGAUAUGUUAUACAUGCCAUCGAAAAAUCCUUAGAGGACAACUACCUGAAGAGAGUGUUGCCAACAAUAUGCAUUUGGAGGACAUUCCUAAAGAAUUAAAAUGUCUAAACUCAUUGGAACAACAUCUAAUAUCACUCAAUAUUCCUUUUCUUAAAUUGCUAUGUCUUCCCAGAGGUGGGCAGAGGGGUUGCCAUGGACCUGUUGUCUGUAUUCCGGUUAAUACUACAAACAUGACCAACAUACUUCCACGAAAUGAAUGUGAUGAUCAUAUGAUAAAAAUCAAACUGAAACGAAAAUUGACAUACAAAGGCCAUUAUGAAUUUAAAUAUGUCCACACCGAUCAUGUCAGAAAUGCUUUAGUAUAUUUGGUGAAAAACAACAAGAUGUAUAAAGAUGUGCAGUUUAAUGAGCAGUGGAUUAACAACUUGAAUAAACCUGACGAGGCUGAUGGUAAUGAAAUGCAGGAAGAUAAUGUUUGUGAUAACAGUGACGAUGAUAAGGUAGCUAAUGAUGAAUCACAUGAAGAUCUUACAUAUAUCAAGGAGCAAAGUGGACUUUUGUCAGACACAUCACUACAGCCUGUUGACAUUGGUUCAGAAAUAAUUGAUCAACAUUUUCAUGAUGUACUAAAUGUAGCACCAGGUGAAGGUAACAGUCCUGUCAGGUUAUUAUCAGAUGAAACCAAUGAGGCUAAGUGCUUCCCUUUUCUCUAUCCGACUGGUGGUCCAACAUUUCACGAUGACAGACCAGAAAAAAUCACAUUGUCAAGAUACCUGAAUGCACGAAUAUUAAAUGCUGAUGGACGUUUUGCUCAGAAUUCAGACUUCAUUUUUUAUGCUCAGUAUAUAUCAGAAGUUGAACAAAUUCUGUCCAAUGUCUCAAUUGCAUUACGAAAAGGUUUUGAAAAAGGUAGUUUAUCAGAGCUGACACCAGAUAUGCUGACAAAUCCUGAUUCCUUGCAAAAAAUACUUAAGUUUGAUGAAGGAUAUAAGUUUUUGAGACCAGUCAGAGGGACCCCUCCCUAUUGGAUGUCUACACAGAAAGAUCUAUUUGCUUUAAUUAGACAAAUUGGCAUACCAACAUUCUUUGCAUCUUUUAGUUCUGCUGAUAUGAGAUGGCCUGAAAUGUUGAACACCAUUAUUAAACAAGAGGGCAAACAAAUCAAUUUAGAUCAACUUGCCUGGGCUGAGAAAUGCGAACUUAUACGAAAAAAUCCUGUCACUGCAGCAAGAAUGUUUGAUCACAGAUGGCAUUGUUUUUUGAAACAUGUCAUUAUGUCACCAGCUGAACCUAUCGGUAAAAUAAAAGACUAUUUUUAUCGUGUUGAAUUCCAACAACGUGGUUCUCCUCACGUUCACUGUCUGUUUUGGGUGGAAAAUGCUCCAAAGCUUAAUGAUGAUGAUGAAGCUAAUGAUCCUGUGGUUGCUGAUUUCAUUGACACAUAUAUCACCUGUGAGACACCGCCAGAACAAGACAUAGAACUCUUUGAAACAGUAAACAGUGUGCAGAAGCACAGUACAAGACAUUCAAAAACAUGUCGCAAGAAAAAUACAGUAUGUCGUUUUAAUUUUCCAAGACCUCCAUCUAGCCGUACCUUUAUUACAAGAGCAUCUAAUGCGGACGAGUUUAAAGGGAAAAAUGAAGAUGACACAGCAAAUGCCAUUUUACAAAAAAUCAAAAAUGCUUUAAACUCUGAUGUGAUUUUUGAUUCAACUGAUGAUUUAUUCUCUUCUGUGGGUAUUUGUCAGGCUGUCUUUGAAAAAGCAUACAACAAAUGUUCUAAAAAGAAAUCCAUUGUCUUGAAACGAAAUCCAAAAGAUAUUUGGGUAAACCAGUAUAACAGAGAUUUACUGCGUGCUUGGCAAGGAAAUAUGGAUAUUCAGUAUGUCACAGAUGCCUUUUCUGUAGUAGUUUAUAUACUAAGCUACAUUACAAAAGCAGAACAAGAAAUGGGACUUUUGCUUCAACGUACGCAAAAUGAAGCUAUGAAUGGAAAUCUUGAAGCUAAGGCAUCUUUAAAGCAAUUGGGAAGUGUUUAUUUGCACAGCCGCGAAAUUUCCGCGCAAGAAGCGGUGUACAGACUGACAGGCAUGCAUUUAAAGGAAUGCUCACGUAAAGUACAAUUUAUUCCAAUAGGACCAAAUCCUGUAAAGAUGAGUUUGCCUUUAAAUGUGCUUAAGAAUAAAGUGAAGAAAGAACAGUCUGAUGAUGAAAGCAGUCUUUGGAUGACAAGUUUUGUUGAUAGGUAUACGAACAGACCACAGAAACAACCACUACUUAAUCUUUGUCUUGCCAGUUUUUGUUCUGAGUACAGAGUUUUGACAAAAUCAGAAGUUUUGUCACAAAAACAAAAUGCAGAAACUGAAGUUAUUAAACUCAAUAAAAACUGUGGUUAUGUGAAACGAAGAACACGAACCGAGCCAGCUGUUGUCAGAUAUCCGAGAUUUUCGCCCACAAAAGAUCCAGAAAAAUACUAUCAUUCACUAUUGCAGCUUUUUCUACCACAUUAUGAUGACUGUCACUUGAAGCCAAGCAACUAUGAGACAUAUGAGGAGUACUACAACAGUGGUGUCAUAAAAACUAAUUCUGGAAUGAAAAAUGUGAAAUUAAUUGUUGAUUGCAACAGAGAAUUGUUUGAAAAGGACUCUGAUAAAUUAGAGCGAGCUAAACAGCUUUUGGAGAAGGAUAUAGAUUUAGAGGAUGCUUGGGCUGCAAUAUGUCCUGAAACUGAAAGAGAACGUCACGAAUGUAUGGAACUGAUGAAGAAUAAAGUAUUGCCUGAUGAAGAUAACACUCAAAACCUUAUUCCAGAUCUUACAGGAAACCAACAAACUAUUUCUACUGUACAAACAAACCAUACCACAUUGCCUAGAAAUGAAGCGUUACAUUUACUGCGAUCAUUAAAUGAGGAACAGUCUGACAUAUUCUAUAAAGUCCGUCAGUGGUGUUUACAAAAAGUACUUGGACAAAACCCUGAACCUAUCAGAUUGUUUAUCACUGGUGGAGCAGGCACAGGAAAAAGUCAUUUAAUUAAGGCAAUACACUAUGAAUCUUGCAGACUGUUAUCUCAGCUGUCUGAAAAUCCUGAUGAUGUUACUGUGCUUUUGACAGCUUCGACAGGAGUAGCAGCCUUUAAUGUUGGUGCUUCAACUGUUCAUAAUACAUUUUCAAUUGGUGCAAACGUCAGAUUGCCAUAUCAACCGCUUAGUGAUGACAAAAUAAAUUCUUUACGUAUCAAAAUGGGUAACCUGCAAAUUUUGAUUAUUGAUGAAGUCUCUAUGGUUGACCAUCGUCUGUUGUCAUACAUUCAUGGAAGGCUGCGACAAAUAAAACAAACUGGUGAUUACUCUUUAUUUGGAAAAGUCAGCAUUAUUGCUGUGGGUGAUUUCUAUCAGUUACCACCUGUGAAAGGAACUGCUCUUUAUGCUGAUUCAAAAGGAGUCAACCUAUGGGAAAGCAACUUUGAGCUUGCUGAAUUAACUAAAGUUGUUAGACAACAAGAUGCAUCUUUUGCUGGAAUGUUAAAUCGCCUGAGAGUUCAUAAGAAAAGUGAAGAUCUUAUCACUACUGAUAUUGAUGUGUUGAAAAAAUGUGAAACAGGGGAGAGAUGUAAUGACCUUCACAUAUUUGCUACAAAUAGCGAGGUUGAUAAAUACAACCUUGAAAGACUACAUGAGUGUUGUCCAGAUGCAAUUAGUAUAAAUGCUCAGGAUUAUAUCAGAAACUCAAAAACUGGAAGAAUGGAACGUAAAGUUGGAUACCACGCUACAGUUUUCAACUCAUGUCUAUCUAAAUGCAUUUCCUUGGGUGUUGGAGCAAGGGUUAUGUUAAAGAAAAAUAUUGAUGUAGCUGACGGUCUUGUCAAUGGAGCUUUUGGUACGGUUGUCCACAUAAGUGAAAGUCAGAAAAAAGGUGAAGAUAAUGAUGAUUUCCCAUCAGCUAUUUAUGUAGAGUUUGAUAAUCCAACUGUUGGGAAAGUUCAAAGAUGCAAAAAGCGUUACACACUUUUUCCAAAUUCAACUGUAAUUGAAGUACAAGAAGACCAGGUCACAAAUGCUGGUGGCAUAAGACGGCAAUUUCCACUCAGAUUGGCAUGGGCAUGUACAGUUCACAAAGUACAAGGACUCACAGUAGAUAAAGCUGUUGUUUCACUUAAUAAAAUCUUUACAGCAGGACAAGCAUAUGUUGCUUUAAGCCGAGUUAGGUCUCUUAGUGGAUUAAUCAUUGAGGACUUUAAAGAAUCUGUCAUAUUUUGUAAUGAAAAAAUCGAGUUGUCUUUGAAAGAUAUGACAAAAAUAAAAUUGGAUAAAAACAUGUACUUUGGUGAACACAACUCUGCAUCAAGUUGA